CUCUCCAGCCUAUGUUAAUGAGGCCCGACUCCGUCAAUCAUAAAAAAUUUGUCUAUUUCAAACAUAAAUUGAAAUUAAUGAUUAUUAAUUUAGGUGGACGUUUACUAUUAGAAUUGCAGGAUUGGUCAAAAUAUUACAAACGAGCAAAAACAACGCCAGAAAUGUUUGAGACUUACAAAAAUAUCAAAUUUAAACCCGACCAAUUUAAAAAUUAUUUAAUUGACGAAGUUGGAUUUGUAGAAUGUCAACAAUUGGGAAUUCCUAAAGCUGUGACACGAGGGUUCGAAAGGCCUAUACUUGUCUUUCAAAAGGUAAACAAUUUAAAUAGUAGAAAGCGACAAUUAAUUGAGGAUAAACGAGAAAACGACCACAAACUACCGGAAAAGAAAUUUUGUUGA